CUAACAGAGGGCACACAUUCACAGUGGCCACUUACCCCGUGUAUUAAAGCAAGAUGGCAGCUGUUGUUGAGAAUGUUGUCAAACUGCUGGGAGAGCAGUACUACAGAGAUGCCAUGGAGCAAUGUCACAACUACAAUGCCAGGCUCUGUGCUGAGAGGAGUGUCCGAAUGCCGUUCCUCGACUCUCAGACUGGUGUGGCUCAAAGCAACUGCUACAUUUGGAUGGAAAAGAGACACAGGGGACCAGGCAUGGCUCCAGGGCAGCUCUACACCUACCCUUCUAGGAGGUGGAGGAAGAAACGGCGGUCUCAUCCUCCAGAGGACCCCCGGCUUAUCUUCCCUCCUGUCAAGUCAGAGCUAGAUUUAGGAGUGAAGAAGGAUGCUCUGUUGUCGUCAGAUGGCAGCAGCCUGGAGGCCCUGCUGAAGGGAGAGUCUUUGGACAAACGGACAACCACAGAGCUCCGAGGGUCUGAAGAAGAUUCAAACAUGAGUGACUACACUGGAGGCCUGAACCCUGCAGCUCGGAUUCGAAAGAGAAUCCUUGAGCCAGAUGACUUCCUAGAUGACCUAGAUGAUGAAGACUAUGAGGAAGACACACCUAAAAGAAGAGGCAAAGGGAAAGGAAAGGGUCGAGGAGUGGGCAGUAGCAGGAAGAAGCUGGAUACAGCAGCAUUGGAGGACAGAGACAAGCCAUACGCCUGUGACAACACUAUCAAACAAAAGCAUAUUUCAAAACCUUCUGAAAGAGUCUGUGGGAAGCGCUACAAGAACCGUCCCGGCCUGAGCUACCACUACGCCCACUCCCACCUGGCAGAAGAGGAGGGUGAGGAGAAAGAAGAGAUGGAGAUCAGUGAGCCGACCUUGCCGCUGCCCGAGGAGCCUAAAACUCCCAAGAAAGGCCCAGAUGGUCUUGCGUUGCCUAAUAAUUACUGUGAUUUCUGUCUGGGAGACUCCAAAACCAAUCACAAGACUGGUCAGUCAGAGGAGCUGGUGUCCUGCUCCGACUGUGGACGCUCAGGCCAUCCAUCUUGCCUGCAGUUCACUCCUGUAAUGAUGGCCGCUGUGAAGACAUACCGCUGGCAGUGCAUAGAGUGCAAGUGCUGCAACAUGUGUGGCACGUCAGAGAAUGAUGAUCAGCUUCUGUUCUGUGAUGACUGUGAUAGAGGCUAUCACAUGUAUUGUCUCAACCCUCCCAUGUCUGAACCUCCAGAGGGGAGCUGGAGCUGUCAUCUAUGUCUGGACCUGUUGAAAGACAAAGCUUCCAUAUACCAGAACCAGAACGCCCCACCAUCGUGAUGGCCACUCCUGCCUGCACACACUCAGCACUCAACCGUCCCGCAGCAGUAUGGUUUCCCCUUCAAGACAGAUGAUAAUCUCCCCUGACAAGCUGACCUCAGUGGGAGUGUGUUCAGAACGGACAAUUAAUUGUGAAAAGGGAAGUAUAUCUUACCAGACUGGCCUCAUUUAGCUUCAGAUAUGACUGUUACACAGUUCUAAGCUCAGAUUCAGACCCAUAGAUUUUUAUUUUCACCUGUUUGCCACUUAGCUGAUUUGAGCGGUACUGAAUUUCAACAACAUACACAGCAUAAAUAGCCAAAUUAUGACUUCCUGUUCAGCCUUUUUACACAUAGACCUACACAAAGUUGCUAAACCCUUGUCUCUAUCCUGCAGUGUACUGAUUUUAUAACUAGAACAGAAAUGGAGCUUGUUGGAAUCAAGUAGCAUGCCAAUGCUUGCUUAUCGUAAAAAAGAGACAUUUUAUAGUAUUUAUAUAUUUCUAUGGUAUAUAAUAGUGUUAAGUAUGUAAAAAUUGGAAGAAGAAUGGUCAUGUAAUGGUAUUUUUAUUAGUGCCCAUCUCAUCUUAAUGGAAAAAUCCACAACCAUGUUCUUUUAUGGCAUUGCUGAUAUUUGGUGAUUAACUUGGUAGAGUGAAAGGGAUCUGCUGAGACUGUAAACGAUUUUCCAUCUCAUCCACUGCCACUGGCCAAACACCAACACACACAGAAACAGGAACUAUGAUUAGAAACCUAGUGGCUCCAAAGCCUGAGGGACUUCAGGGAUGGCAGGUUAGACUUGAGUCUGGUUGUUGACUCUUGUGUGCUGAGUGGCUCAUUGAGCUGCACAGAGCUCAAGAGGAUGCACAAGGACAUACUGACGUGCAUGUUUCAUUCAGGCUUUGGGGGCAUUUCUGAAAAAACUCUGGUCCUGAUGACUGCAGAGAGACAAAGCAGACUUGAUGCUGGUACUUGUCUUUGAUCUGCACGCCUCGCCCUUUCUUAGACAGAUGUGACAAUGUUAUGAUGAUGAUUUCAGUCAAAUCAAAAAUGAAAUCUGCUUGCAUUACAGCCAGGUAUAGGGAUAAAAGCCUUCACUGCUGUGUUCUAGCAGUUUGCUGAUCAUGCAAUAUCCAAUAUCUGUUGAUGUUUCGACACCACUAGAUUAUUUUAAUGUAAUUGAGGACUAUGCGACCUUGCAGAUGGUCACUCGCUGACAAUGUAAAAGCAAUAUAAGAGCUCCUGUAGGAUGCUGGAAUCACAGGGACUCAUAGCAGAGCUUGUUUAGGUUCUGUCGGCAGAUGAUGUGUGAGACUGUAAAUUUUAUUUCUCAGAAAAUGCUUUUACAGAUAGGUGACAGUGGCAGCAAUUAUGGAUGGCUCCAUAUUGUAGAAAAAUGUGUAUAUGUAUAGUCCUAUUGAGAGACAGCUGUUUUUCUCACUGCUUUCAUAGUUUUAUUAUGCAAUGGUUUCCUUCUGUGGCAAGGCUAAAAGACAAAAGUCUGGCUGAACUGCUAAAGCAGUUACUUUACCUCAAACAGAAACAGUAUUUAAUGGGUUGAAACAUGCUGUAGAUAGAUGGGACAAAGGCAGAGGGAUAAAUAGUAAUGACAGGUGCAGUGUCUGCUUCAAUAACUGCAUAUUCUACAGUUAAACAAGUGCAUGCUCGGUAAAUGUCUGCACUCUCAUAUGCUACAUAGUUGUCUCAGCGUUAGGUCGGCAAAGGUGUUGGGAAGUGGUGUAAUAUAAAUUAACCAUGCUAUCAUGUCGUUUCAAUAGCCAACUAACAAUUACUAAAGCAUUACACGAGUAUAACUUGGGUUUAUUUUCUCAUCACUUACUGUUAUAUAGAGACAGUGGCUACUAGAAUAUUUUGCUGGUUGUUUUUGUAUUCAUCGAUGUUUGCGUACCUGAUGUGUGGGACAUUUUGGGGCUUAAGUGGAAGUUGCUUUCUAGUUAAUCCUGUGAUCAACCGAGCUGCUCUCUUCCAAACCUUGAAACAAGAAGCAUUGUGAUUAAGAGGCAAAUUCUGGAGCUGCACCUUGAACACUGCUUUAAUAAUGAUGGACCAAAUAUCCAACUUGGCUAGGCUGUGCUUAUUGGAAAGUCAUAAAAAAAAUUUACCUUUUACCUAAUUUUAAUUAUAUACGAUUAUUUUUUAAUACCAUAUUAUGGUUUUCUAGUUUUGGAAGAGAAUUGUUCAAAACAAAAUAUGUUUAAACCGAGAUCAUAGGUUUACACAGUAGGUGAACUCUCUUAGGGUGGACUUUCAUUUGGAUUGUGAUGGAAUGUUUUAUUGUAAGAAAUUUGUCUUCAGGAAAUAAAAUACUAAGCACUAUAA